UCAGAGCAGUUCUCUAUUUGAAAAUCAGCAGUAGGCUCAAAAUGCCUGAAAAUAUUUACAUAAAUACUUUUCAAAAUCACAAUUCAAGAUCAGCUGAGAAAGAUCAACAGAAGGAGUGUGUCAACGAUAAGAGAGAUGGGGUCUGUGUGGUAGUUCUUCUCUCUGUUCUCCUCUUCCUGUCUCUGCUGGCAAAUGCAGCUUUGGCUUACCUGUAUUACACCAAUGACACAAAUCAGUUAAUGGGAUGUGAGCCAGUGACAAACAACUCAAACCUAGAAGUUAACAAGCCAUCACUCCCUUGUACUUAUAAAGGUUUGCCAGAGAAGUGGGUCCAGGACAAGGGCAGAUUCUAUGUUUUCUCCAAUGAUACCAUGGACUGGGACAGCAGCAGAGAACGCUGUCAGGAUCUGGGUGGAGACCUGGUCAUCAUCAACAGCAGUGAGGAGCAGGAAUUUCUUGCUCAGCAAACAGUCAGUUCUAAUGCAUUGGUGCUCCACUGGAUUGGUCUGACUGACCGCCAUACUGAGGGGACGUGGCUAUGGGUGGACAACACCCCCUUAAACAGCAACCUCUCAUGGUGGAUCUUCCCUCCUGACGAUCACGAUACACAUGAUCCCUUGGGUGAAGACUGUGCUGUAUUAAAUGGAUAUUUAAGAGGAGAAAAAUGGGGAGAUAUUUCUUGCUUGAAAAAGGAAAGAAGCAUUUGUGAGAUUCCAUGUUCUUGAUCAAUGCUAAAGCGUCUUUCAUGACUUUUUAAUAUCACUGUUCAUGUAUAUUUUAUAGCCUAUGGAUUACACUGUAGAAUCUGUGUAGCUCUUUAUAAAUAAUACAUUUGCGUUCUUUUUGUUGUUAUUGUUAUAUGCACUGGCCAAUUGCACAUAAUGUCAUUGUCUUUAAAAUAUUAUGCACUUUCUUUACAGCAUGAAUUAAUAAAUGAAUGAAUGUAAAGACAUGA